AUGGUGAUAACAAAGGUAAGAAAAAAGAGAAGUAGACUGCAUACAGCAUCCGAUCCACCUUUCUCUCUCUCUUCUGAAAUUUCUACGCAAAUUGCCGGGUUGGAAGCUGGUGCGGACAUCGGUGGGAGGCUCGGAUACUUGCUUUGGGGUUUCUACUUUUCAAGCGACAGGCUCGGCACACUCAGGGCAGUGAACUCAUUGAAUGAUCUCAAUGUCGACGAUGACGUGGACAGAGAAUCCGAUGAGGUCGCAGUUGAAAGCUUAAGUAACGACGCAUCAUCCGCUGUUGUUAGUGACUGCAUGCACGAGUCUUACAGGAGCUCUUUACCACUUCACAACAUACUGGUAGAGGAAGAUCGAAGUAGUCUUGAAAACAAUGGGUCCUCAAGUUGUCCUUACAAUAUACUGACUAUCGACGAUGUUUCGCCAAUUGAAUCAGCCAGAGCAAGAUUUUUGGAUAUCAUUGUAGAUAAUUUUAUUGACACACAUGUGAUUGAAAGGUCCGAAUAUGAGGCAGAUUACAUGAUGCAGCAAUCCUCACAAGAAAAAGUAAGCAAGAGGAAAUCCAGAGAGUUCAGAUAUGAAGGCGAUGCACACUAUGCUUUACCCUUGAUGUAUAUCGCAAACAUGUAUGAAACCAUGGUCAAUGAAGUUAAUAUGAGGUUAUCCUCCAUGAAUGGUAUGCAUGAUAAAACUAUUGGUGUGGCCCUUGAAGCAGCUGGUGGUUUGUAUAGAAAGCUUGCAAAGAAAUUUCCAAAGGAAGGUACCUGUGCAUUCAAAAGACGAGAACUGGCAACUUCUUUCGAAACAAGGUCAAAAUUUCCUGAACUAGUGAUACAAGAAGAGAAACGUGUUCGUUUUGUAGUGGUAAAUGGUUUGACUAUCACCGAAAAACCAACGAAAAUUGGUGCUGAUGAUGCUGAGUGGUUCAAAAGGUUGACAGGACGAAAUGAAGUGGCUGUCUCUGCUGGAGACUACAAGUUUUAUGCGCCAAGACACAAGUAUAGGCGAGUGGGGUCAAACUCCAUUUCCAACGUCAACAGUUUGCCAAGUACUGAGCAGACUCCGACAAAACAACAUAUGCAGCCAAUCCCACAUCAGGUCCAGUUUCAUCCUCUACAUCAGAGCCAUCAAAAUCAUAUUAAUCACAAUCCACAGGCAACACACUUUAUGCACAGCCAACAGUGUGUGCCUGAACUUUCUCAUAACCAGGACUCGUCAAGCAUCCCCCCACACAUUGCCUGCUUACAACCUCUUGGUCAUGUUGGAGGACGUUUGCAUGUACUGGCAACUAGCCCAGCAAAAUUUUGUGAUGAAUGUGGAGCUCCUUAUUUGAGGGAGACCUCAAAUAGCGAGAACCUGAGCGAGCUGUUUUUGCCCACAAUUUUUAUGGACGAUGACGGAUUGAACAUGAAGAAUUGGGGUUAUUACGAACAGCCUCCUCUUAAAGAGCAUCUUGGUCUUCAACUCAUGUCAUCUUUGGCAGAGAAGGACAAAAAACCUUUCCUAUUUGGGCAUGAUAAUCCUGUCAUGGUUCCAGCAAAUGGGGUUUUUCACCCUUGUGAUUAUGCCUUCGCUGAAUCACCCGUGACACACUUGGAUUAUGUGAGAGACACUUGGAUAAAUCACAGGGACAAAUUUUUACAUAUGUUUCCUGGGAACAUGUAUAAUUCGGUUCUUGCAGAACCAUCGGAAACUCAUAAUUCCAUGAUGUUAAACCAACCAGAUAAAACCAGAGAAACUGAGGUGAGCAUUGAGGAGUCAAGUGUUAAGAAUGAUUACGGCAGUGGCAAAAAAAGGUCAGUUGCUGUCACCACUAAUCUCCCAAAGGCAAAGAAGUCUAAGAAAGGUCAUUCUGUGAGGAAGGAAAAUGGUAAUUCCUCUGUUCACCGUGCAAAAACAGCAAAAAAGAACAUGGAUGUUGUAAUAAAUGGGAUUGAUAUGGAUAUUUCUGGUAUUGCAAUUCCGGUUUGCUCUUGUACGGGUACUCCACAGCAGUGUUAUCGAUGGGGGUGUGGUGGUUGGCAGUCGGCUUGUUGCACCACAACUAUAUCAAUGUAUCCCUUACCAAUGAGUACCAAAAGGCGUGGGGCAAGAAUUGCUGGACGAAAGAUGAGUCAGGGUGCUUUCAAGAAGGUUUUGGAAAAACUUGGAGCAGAGGGAUAUAACUUCACUAACCCAAUUGAUCUAAAGACUUACUGGGCAAAACAUGGUACCAACAAGUUUGUGACUAUCAGGGUUGGGUCGGUAAUAAUGACACAGUUUCUGCUGAAUAUUUGGCGGUUGUUUUCUGUGGUUGAAAUGGAAGUUUGGGUAAUCUCAUUAUAUGAAAGGAUAGGAACUCGGAGAAAUUUCUGGGAUCAAGGCGCAAACCAACCUGAAUCAAGGAGGGAUCCUGCGCUUAUUUGA